AUGUUUGAUCUGAUCCUCUUACAGUUGACAGCAGUGUUGGCAGUGGUGCUCAUCGCCCAACAACUUUAUCAUCGGUAUCUUGCUCGCAAAUGGGCUUGUGGAGAUAUACUAAAAGUGGACCAGGAUUACUUUGGCAUCUGGCAGGCCAGAAAAUUGUUCGCCGACCGAAAUGAUGGAGUGGAUUUGCAAGAACAAAGAAACCGUUUUAACCGGUACCAUACUGAGACCUUCCGUGAGACCCUCAUUGGUAGAGAGUUGUACUAUACCAGUAACUUGGAAAACAUCAAGGCCAUUGUCAACUUCCAAUUCAAUGACUUUUCCAUCGGUUACCGGUACCCUGCUUUCAAGCCUUUGCUCGGUGAUGGCAUUUUCGCAACUGAGGGCCACAAGUGGAAAGUCGCCAAAGAGGUGUUAAGACCGCAGUUUGUGCGUGAACAGAUCCGGGACUUGGACCACUUGGAGGUCCACAUCAAGAACAUGGCUGCCAUCAUCAACAACACCCACGGCCAAGUGUUUGACAUCCAAGACCUUUUUUUACGCUUGACAUUGGAUGCUUCCACAGACUUUUUGUUUGGUGAGUCCGUCUCAUCCUUGACCAAAAGUGAGUACGAAAUGGGCAAGUACACCUUCGAGUCGGCCUUCAACAAGGUGCAGAAGUACAUUUUUGCUCGGAGUAUUUUGCAAAGUCUCUACUGGACCUACAAUCCCAAAGACUUCCGUGAGUGUCUCAAUGUGAUUCACACCUUUACUGACACAUUUGUGCAGAAGGCAUUGCUGUUGACGCCAGAGGAGUUGGACGCCAAGUCCAAGAAGAACUACACGUUUUUGUACGAGCUUGUGAAGAUCACAAGGCACAGAAAAACCGUGCACGACCAUUUGUUGAAUAUUAUGUUGGCAGGUAGAAACACCACUUCAGCAUUGAUCUCGUCGCUUAUGUUGGAGUUGGCCCGUAACCCGGAGUGCUACGAAAAAUUGAAAAAAGAUGUGUUUGAAAACUUUGGUGAUGGGUCCGACCUAAGUUGUGUCACGGUGGAAUCGAUGAAAAAGUGCAACUACUUGAGGUACUGUAUCAAUGAGGCCUUAAGAAUGUAUCCAUCGGUGCCCCAGAACUUCCGGUGUGCGAAAACCGCCACCACCUUACCUCGAGGCGGAGGUCCUGAUGGUCAGGAUAAGAUCUUCUUGAAGAAGGGCCAGGCGGUGUUCAUGUCCUUCUACACUUUACAAAGAUCGGAGUUAUACUACGGAAAAGAUGCAAAUGAGUUCAACCCCGAUCGUUGGGCCACCAUCAAGAACCCCGGAGCAUUCAUGCCGUUUUUAUCGGGUCCUCGGAUUUGUCUUGGUCAGCAGUUUGCCAUUGCCGAAGCUUCUUAUACCAUUUUGAGAAUCGCGCAAAUGUUCCCCAACAUCAAGUCGUUUGAAACCGAAUACCCUCCCAGAAUCCUGGCUAAUGCCACCAUGAAAUUGAGGGAUGGAGUCAUGGUUUCCUUAAGUUGA